UUUGAUUUUGUCUCUUUUCCUUGACAUUUUCCGUGGAAAACAAAACAGAAGGAUGCCGUCCAGACUUGAUUUUGAAAGCGAACCACCUACGCCUGUUACGGCCGGCUUCGAUGCGCUUUCUGAUGUGGAAUCGGCGACUUCCGUUGAAGAAGAUUUCGUGAAUGUCGAAACUUUAAUCAUUGGUGCAGGACCUACUGGAUUGGGAGCUGCUACUCGUCUCCAUCAGCUUGGCCACUCAUUCAUUAUUGUGGACGCUGCUUCCGCUCCAGGAGGUUUGGCAAGUACCGACGUGACGAAGGAAGGUUUCUUGUUCGAUGUCGGUGGUCAUGUUAUUUUUUCACACUAUGCGUACUUUGAUGAUGCGGUCAAUCGGGCCCUUCCUGCGAAAGACGACUGGCAAACACACCAGAGGAUUAGUUAUGUUCGAAGUGCCGGACGUUGGGUUCCUUACCCAUACCAAAAUAACGUUUCUCAACUUCCGCUGGAUCUUCGUGUCAAGUGCAUUGACGGUCUUAUCGCCGCUGCCGAGCAGCGCGCCGCCACUCCCAAUUACAAACCUGUCACUUUUGAUGAAUGGAUCGUACGGAAUAUGGGUGAAGGUAUCGCAGACGUCUUCAUGCGGCCGUACAACUUCAAAGUCUGGGGUGUGAACACUACGAAGAUGCAAUGCAAAUGGCUUGGUGAACGUGUGGCCGCGCCCAACGUCCGUACCGCUGUGCGCAACGCCCUCACUAUGGAAACAGCUCCUAAUUGGGGACCCAACGCUACUUUCCGAUUUCCCACUCGAAACGGUACUGGUGGAAUAUGGACUGCUGUAGCCAAGCAACUCCCGGAGAACAGAUUUCGACUCGGUUCCAAAGGCGAUAUCCAGAAAAUCAACGCUUCCGAUAAAGUUGCCGAACUUGGUGACGGGACAAGGGUGAAGUAUAAACAUUUGAUCUCGACUAUGCGACUUGACGGACUUUUGGAUCGUAUGGAGAGGGCUGCGAAUGGAGAGGAGGUUGUGAAGGAGAUGAAGGUGGCUGCAAAGGAGGGUUUAGUGCAUUCUUCGACUAUCGUAUUGGGUAUCGGAAUCAGGGGAGAAAGACCCGAUAGAAUUGGAGACAAGUGCUGGUUGUACUUCCCAGAAGACAGCGCUCCCUUCUACCGUGCCACCAUUUUUUCUAACUAUUCUCCUUACAAUGUUCCCUCUAUCUCUACUCGUCUGCCUGUUCUUCAAAAAGCCGACCCUUCGCUUCCCUUCGAGAAGGAUCUAAAGGGAGGACCGUACUGGAGUUUGAUGUUUGAAGUCUGUCAGUCUGCGGACAAGCCUGUCGAUCUGGAAAAUUUGAUGAAGGAGACCGUCAAAGGAGCUAUUGCCACAGAGUUGAUAUUGCCGACGGACGACAUUGUGUCGUUCUAUGAAAGGAGGUUUGAUUAUGGCUACCCUACACCUACUCUCGGACGAGACGACUCUCUCAAGAAGAUCCUCCCAAAGCUUCAACAAGAGUAUGGGAUUCAUUCUCGAGGCAGAUUCGGAAGCUGGAAGUAUGAGUGUGGUAAUCAAGAUCAUUCUUUCAUGCUCGGUGUGGAAGCCGUCGAUAAUGCGCUGUUCGGUACACCUGAGAUGACUUUGCAUGAGACAGAUUGGGUCAAUGGUAGGCGAAAUAUCGAGAGGCGCUUGAAGUAGGUUUGUAGGUUGUAUAAGUUAUACAUGAUCCCAUCAAUCGUACAUUGGGAAAUAUUCAUAUCAACAUAAAGAUUCAAUGGACAAAAAUAUGCAUGUAGCUUAUACCGGAG